AAGUGCGGAAGUGCGCUGGCCCUGAGGUGACUGGUUUCCUGUCGGUGGUACUGCACCGGCUUCCAGUAGACGUGUAACGGACGGUACCCCGCAGCCAUGACCGAGAGGAAACCUAACGGUGGCAGUGGCGUCGCUUCCACCUCCUUGUCGAGUACUAACUUACUCUUCUCUUCCUCGGCCACGGAGCUAAGCUUCAACGUGCCCUUCAUUCCAGUUACGCAAGCCGCCGCUGCCUCGGCCUCUCUGCUCUUGCCCGGAGAGGAUUCCACAGAUGUUGGUGAGGAGGACAGCUUCCUUGGUCAGACUUCUGUUCACACAUCCACCUCACAGACAUUUAGUUACUUUUCUCAGGUAUCGAGCAAUAGUGAUCCUUUUGGGAAUAUUGGACAGUCACCCUUAACGACUGCAGCAACACUGGUUGGACAAUCAGCAUUCUCCAAGCCUCCGCCUGCUCUCCCUUUCACAACUGAAUCCCAGGAUGGGUUGACUACAUUUCCGCCAUCUGUUUCAAAGGCUCAGUAUGGUGCUCCACCUUCCUCACAGAUGGGAAUAAAUCCUUACCUGCCUUCUCAGCCAAGUGGUUUCCCUCCUUCAAAUUUUGGGAGCCCACCCCAAGGAAACCCCCAACAAGAAUAUAAUCCAUAUCGCCACACCCCUGUCAGCAGUAGGGCUAAUCCCUACAUCGCACCCCCACAGCUGCAACAGUGCCAGACCCCAGGCCAUCUCACUCACCCGCCAGCCUCUGGACCCCCAGUACAGAUUUACCAGAUGCCCCCAGCAUCUUUGCCGCUGAUUCCUCCUUCAGUACAGUCACCAGCACAACAACAAGCCCUUGUUAAACCUGGAGGUCCCUCUGUGCAGGGGCCACCUCCUUUUGUACUUCAAAAUCAGUAUGAACCAGUCCAGCCCCACUGGUUUUACUGCAAGGAGGUAGAAUGCAAACAAGUAUGGAUGCCUUUCAGUACUCUGGACUCUUUGAAUCUUGAAGAAGUCUAUAAUUCAGUCCAGCCAGACCCAGAGAGUGUGGUUCUUGGCACUGAUGGAGGGCGAUACGAUGUCUACCUCUAUGACCGAGUGAGGAAAGCUGUGUACUGGGAAGAGGAGCCAGCUGAAGUGAGGCGCUGUACUUGGUUUUACAAGGGGGACACAGAUAGCAGAUUCAUUCCCUACACAGAAGAUUUCAGUGAAAAGCUAGAGGCUGAAUAUAAAAAAGCUGUAACCACAAAUCAGUGGCACCGAAGAUUAGAGUUUCCAAGUGGAGAGACUAUUGUUAUGCACAAUCCAAAGGUUAUUGUUCAGUUCCAGCCUUCCUCAGUGCCUGAUGAGUGGGGAACCACACAGGAUGGACAGACAAGGCCCAGGGUUGUAAAGCGAGGGGUUGAUGACAGCCUUGAUGAAAUUGCCGAUGGAGAGAUGCCUCAGGUUGAUCAUCUGGUGUUCAUGGUACAUGGCAUUGGGCCUGUGUGUGACUUGCGCUUUAGAGGCAUUACUGAAUGUGUGGAUGAUUUUAGGGUGGUUUCUCUCAAAUUGCUGCAGACACACUUCAAGAAAUCUUUAGAUGAUGGGAAAAUAAGCAGAGUGGAGUUCCUUCCUGUUCACUGGCAUAGUGCCUUGGGUGGGGAUGCCACCGGUGUUGACAGGAAUAUUAAGAAAAUCACUUUGCCAAGUAUUGGUCGGUUUCGUCACUUUACCAAUGAAACUUUGCUAGAUAUUUUAUUUUAUAACAGCCCCACUUACUGUCAGGCAGUUGUGGAGAAAGUGGGACUAGAGAUGAACCGUCUACAUGCACUCUUUUUGAGCCGGAACCCGGACUUCAAGGGAAGGGUCUCUGUUGCUGGUCACAGUUUAGGUUCUUUAAUACUGUUUGAUAUCCUGUCUAAUCAAAAAGAUUUGAAUUUUUUGAAGUCUCCUGGGCCUCUUGCUGUUGCUAAUGGAGUUGUGAAGCAGCCUCAGUUUCAGGAGAAGCAGAUGCCUGAAGAGUCAAAGCUGACCUUGGAUGAAUCAUGUGACCUUGAUGUUGAAAAUGAAGACAUUCUAACUUUGCAAGCAACUCUGGAAGCGCUUAGCCUCUCUGAAUAUGUUAGCACUUUUGAAAAGGAAAAGAUCGAUACAGAAUCUCUGCUUAUGUGUACAGUUGAUGACCUGAAGGAAAUGGGGAUUCCUCUUGGACCGAGAAAGAAGAUAGCCAACUUUGUAAAGCUGAAAGCCUCCAAACUGGAACAGAAGAGAAAAGCAUCAGAAAAGAAGGCAGUUACAGCUUUUGCAAUGAAAGGACAAGAGGAGAACGUUCCAAAAGCUAAAGAAGUGGCUUCUCUCCCCUCGGAAACUAAUGAGUCAAAGAGGAAACUUCCAGUUGGUGCUUACAUUUCUUCUGUACAUGUUGAUUAUGAGUCUUUUGAAGUUGGCACAGGACAGGUUUCUGUUGUUCACAACUCAUUAGACUUUGAACCAGAGAUUUUCUUUGCUUUGGGAUCUCCAAUUGGUGUGUUUCUCACUAUUCGAGGAGUGGACAGGAUCGAUGAGAACUAUAAGCUCCCUACUUGUAAAGGAUUCUUCAAUAUAUAUCAUCCACUUGAUCCAGUGGCAUAUAGAUUAGAACCUAUGAUUGUUCCAGAUUUGGACCUAAAAGCAGUUCUUAUUCCACAUCACAAAGGCAGAAAAAGACUUCAUUUAGAGCUGAAAGAAAGCCUCUCUCGUAUGGGAUCUGAUUUGAAGCAGGGUUUUAUUAGCUCUCUGAAAAGUGCCUGGCAGACACUGAAUGAGUUUGCCCGUGCUCAUACAUCUUCGACUCAGUUGCAAGAAGAAUUGGAGAAAGUUGCCAAUCAAAUCAAAGAGGAAGAAGAAAAGCAAGUAGUUGAAGCAGAAAAGAUUGUUGAAAGUCCAGAUUUUUCCAAGGAUGAGGACUACUUAGGAAAGGUUGGAAUGUUAAAUGGAGGCCGCCGAAUUGAUUACGUUCUUCAAGAAAAGCCAAUAGAGAGCUUUAAUGAAUAUCUUUUCGCUCUUCAGAGUCACUUAUGCUAUUGGGAAUCUGAAGAUACUGCCCUAUUACUACUUAAAGAAAUUUAUCGAACGAUGAACAUUAGUCCAGAGCAGCCCCAGCAUUGAUCAGACUUCCCCUUAACUGUAUUGUCUUCACAGAAAGUCCCAGUAUAAAUUACAUCACUGAGAAUCCUCAAAGGAUUUGAAUUUGUUCCUGUGAUGGAUGACAGAAAAGCAAUUCAUCAACAGUUGCGCAGAUACAAAUCUCAGAUGUAGGGAAUCAUUUACAAGGAAAUAUACAGAACAAACGAUAAUGGAAAAAAAUCAGUUUCACAUUUCGACAGUACAGAUGAAAAGAUGCAAUUAUAAAAAUAAUGCAGUGAAAAAUUCCUCAGAUUUGUUUGGUUAUACAGUUGUCAAAGUUAAAUGUGACCUCGAUGAAGAAAUAUUUGUAGCAUGCAAAUAGUUAUCUUUGUUUAAGAACUGUUGUCAGUAGACAAUUAAACUUACAUUUUUCUUUUUAUUAAUGCAAGUAUGUUCUUAUUUCUGUAUUGAUUUCUUGAGAUGCUAUCAAUAACAUGAUUUUUAGAAACUUAUGUUAUACUUUAAAUGUGAAUUGUAGUUCUGAGUUGCCUU